CUUCCGAAUAUCUUCCAUAAGUCAAGUUGCUGUCAAGUGCAUUAACAGAAUGAAAAAGUUUCUACUUCAACAAGCUGUCAUCAUUGUGAGUUUGAUGAUUAAUUUUACUCGGGCACAUCGCUUCGGGAUAAUCGGAGGGGCGGCAACCGAUAUAGAAAGUUUUCCAUUCGCAGCAGCGUUUCUAGUUGACAACAAAUUCAAGUGCGGUUCUAGUAUAAUCUCUGAGAAUUGUGCUUUAACUGCUGCACAUUGUGUGCAAGAUCUCGACUCGCCAGCGAGGGUUCAAUUGCGGGUUGGAUCGACUUUUAAAAAUGAAGGGGGUCAAAUUAUUCAAGCAGAUAACAUCAUUUCCCAUCCAAACUACGAUCGAUUGAAACUUAAUAUGGACUUUGCAAUCAUAAAAUGGAAAACAAGUUUACAAUUUGAGGAUUCUGUGGAUUCUGUUGAACUUGCUGGUGCUUCCGAAACUCUCGCUGAUGGAACUGAGUGUAUUGUUUGUGGUUGGGGACGAAUGAGAAAUGACACACGAACAUCGCAAUUGAGGUCGGUGUCUGUUUACAAAGUAAAUCAAGAGAUAUGUCAAAAAGACUAUAAUUCCACUCGUGUCAAAUUCCACAUAGUAGAAGGCACGAUGAUAUGUGCUGGUGUGAAUGAAGGUGGAAAAGACGCUUGCGCUGGAGAUUCAGGGGGUCCGUUAAUAUGUAAUUCAAAGCAAUUCGGUGUUGUCUCAUCGGGCUAUGGAUGUGGCUUGCCAGAGUACCCUGGGAUAUACGCUUUUGUACCAACAAUUCAUGAAUGGAUUAACGAGCACUGUGCCCAGUAAGUUUACGUAAUUAAAAUACAUUAAUAAGGGAAAUUGAGUUUGACAAAAUGUUCCCAUUAAAUUUCAAUUAAGACAUCAGAUGAAUGAGCCAAAAAUGAGUGCUUUUGAUUUAAUUAAUUCAUUGUUAUUUAGAUAGCUAUCAACGGAAAACGAUGUAAAUUAAGUAAUGGUUAUGAAUUAAUUAUUAAGUUGUUAUUCCCACAAUUAAUAAACAUUAAUAAUCACUAAA